AUGCCAGACACCUUUGGGUCUACUUCCAGUUCGCCACGGCAGAGCUCCUAUCGGCAAGGAAAGAGAUACCCUUCACCAGCGACUAACCUCAGCCAAGCGCCCAUAGGGCACCCAUACCGCCCGCGUUCCAGCCAGCCUGCCACAAAACAGGCUCCAGAACCUGUUCCCGCCGACGUCCAUAAAACCGCAUCC